AUGUCAACCCCAAACAACCUUCUCCUGCUCUUCGAGCACCCCCAAGAGCCAGCCUACGUCCCCAAAGGCUCCAAAAAAACCGUCUUCAACGUCCCUUACAAUUACCUCCCGGACAAAUACAAACCCAUCGGCGUGGCCUUAACCGACCGCUUCGGCGCCCAAACCAACGAAAAAAUCCCUUUGAAAAAAAUCGCAAUCCCGGAAUUGGGCGAAAUCCUCGACUUGGCCCGAGACGAAAACUUCUCCCUGUUUUUGCCAAAACAUCGCGACAUCGCCGGCCAACUAAUCGAAAUUUUCAUGGGGAUGCGCACUUGGGAGGACCUCCUCUCCAUGGCGGUCUACGCCCGUGACCGUGUCAACCCCUACUUGUUCAACUAUGCCUUCUCCGUGGCUCUCCUCCACCGCGAGGACACCAAGAAGUUAGACUUGCCCUCGCUUGCCCGAUUUUUCCCGGAUAAAUUCUGCGAUUCUAAAAUUUUCGUCCGGGCUAGGGAGGAGGCAAAGCUUGUUCCCGAGGGUUUGAGGACGCCACUGGUCAUCCCGAAGGACUUCACCGCCUCCGAGUUGGAGGAGGAGCAGCGAUUGGCGUACUUCAGGGAGGAUAUUGGGGCGAAUUUGCACCACUGGCAUUGGCAUUUGGUGUAUCCCCUGAAUGGGAGUAAGGAAAUUGUUGCGAAAAAUCGCAGAGGGGAGUUGUUCUACUACAUGCACCAGCAGAUCAUCGCCAGGUACAAUUUUGAACGGUUUUGCAACAAGUUGAAACGAACUGAAAGAUUCAAUGAUUUUACUCAACCCAUCAAAGAGGGGUAUUUCCCAAAGUUGGAUAGCGCUGUUGCCAGUAGGGCGUAUCCUCCACGUGUUGCUAAUCAAAAAUUCCAGGAUUUGAGACGCACCGCCGAUCAAAUAAAUGUAGAUGUUGAGGAUUUGAAGAGGUGGAGUGAUCGGAUUUUUAAUGCGAUUCAUGAAGGAUUUGUCAAAAAUGAAAAAGGACAAAUAAUUUUCUUGACUGAAAAUGAAGGUAUCGACAUUUUGGGAAACAUAGUGGAGUCGAGUGUUUUAUCCCCCAAUAGAACCGUCUAUGGCGACUUGCACAACAUGGGGCAUGUCUUCAGUGCUUUUAUCCAUGACCCCGAUCACAGAUAUUUAGAAACUUUCGGUGUGAUGGGUGACGUUGCCACCGCCAUGCGAGACCCAUUUUUCUACCGUUGGCACUCCUACAUCGACGACAUCUUCCAACAACACAAAAACACCCUCCCUCGUUACUCGGAAGACACCCUCAAGUACCCCGGAAUCACCAUCACUGGAGUCGAAAUCGACACCUCCAACAUUCUUAACACUUUUUGGCAACAAUCCGACAUUGACUUAUCCCGCGGGAUGGAUUUCCAAGAGGAAGGUUCAGUUUUUGUCCGUUUCACCCAUUUGCAACACCAACCCUUCACUUACAACAUCAGUGUCAAGAAUGACAAUCCUGGUACCAAAAUGGGCACUUGUCGCAUUUUCCUUGCCCCGAAAUUCGACGAAAGAGGUAGAGCUUGGGUUUUGAGGGAACAAAGAGUGAUGUUUAUUGAACUUGACAAGUUUAUAGUCACAUUGAAACAAGGAGUCAACACGAUUCAACGCAAAUCGGACCAAUCCUCAGUCACAAUUCCCUUCGAGAGAAGUUUCCGGGAUUUGGACACAAAUCGACCAAGUGAUGGGACAGAUUUGAACCAAUUUAACUUCUGUGGGUGUGGUUGGCCCCAACAUUUGCUCAUUCCCAAGGGAACUCCUGAAGGGAUGCCCUGUGAGCUUUUCGUCAUGAUCUCAAACUAUGAUGAUGAUAAAGUUGAGCAAAACAUGGAUGGGGCUUGUAAUGAUGCUGGGAGUUACUGUGGGAUUAAGGAUAAGUUGUACCCAGAUCGUCGCUCCAUGGGUUACCCCUUUGAUCGAUUACCACGAGAAGGGGUAAAAACCCUUCGUGAGUUUUUGACCCCCAAUAUGCGAGUUGCUGAUGUUACUAUUCGUUUCAAGGACAGGACAAUUGCCCCAAAACAAGCUUUUUAAACGGUUUAUGAUUAAUAAAAUUUAAUGC